UAAAUUGCACGUGUGGUUGUAAGGCUACAUAUUUCUGCUUUAAUUCUCUAGUGCCCAAUCUAAUUAAAUAGAUAGAAUACCGGUUCUGCUAGGGUUUACACAAGGUAUCUCCAUAGGUUCAUAACUGUGUUGUGACAAUAGAAGUAUCCCGACUUGGGAAUACCCUGUAAUACGAUACGGCAGUGUCAGUCCCCUCCGUGCCAACAUUGUGUUAGCGUGCAGGUGUCGAGCGCAGUCGAGCGCCUUUGUUGAUGCCUAUGCCUGAGGAGGGGCAUCUUUUUUGCAGUACAUCACGGAAACAGAGCUUCGUAUCGAACUAUUGGCGUUGGAGGCAAAUAAACACACAGACCGCGGAUCAUGGUAGCAGAGAUGUUGAGCUUUGGAGACAACAAGCAUCUAGAGGAAGGAGAUGGGAAGGUCCUCCCUCCUGACCAGAAAGAUACACCCCCGGAGUCUGAGAACAGCGCAUCAGAUGACACAGAGGCAUCAAGUGCGGGAAGCUCAUCAGAGGAAGAGGUGGAAGAGGAUGAGGAAGAUGAGGAAGACGAAGAGGGACAUACAGCAGAGAGUGAUGAAGGCGGUGCUCAUGACACAAGACACGAGGAGGCUCCGGACCCAGAGGCUGGGGAAAAACAAAAUGGUGUUUAUGGAAAGCCGUGCUGUGAAAAGUGCAAGGCCAUUCAGAAUCAUGAUUAUGAAGUUGUUACACCACGGAAAAUAUCCAGAGGACGUCUGCAGUUGACCCUGGCGUGUGAGGGGACGUACGAGUGCGCAGUGACCGGCCUGGUUUUCGAGGUCUCCCAGAGUGUCCGGAUUAAAUACUGCGUCCUCUCCUGGAGCAAGUUUGGCUCGUUCCUGAAGGACUCCUGGAAGUUUGCCGGGCCCAUCUUUGAUGUGGACUGCGACCCGGCCAUCCUCAAGUCCAUCCAGUUCCCGCACUCCCUCUGUCUGGCAGACGAGGACAGCGAUGUGACGUUUAGCGUCCUGCAUGUGAAGGACAGCAAGCCGCAGAUCGAGCCGUCGGUGGACCACUCCGGCAGCCACAUCAAGUGGACGGUGACGUCCCUGUCCCCCGUGGGCCCCAUCGUCCAGACCAGCCGGCCGGCGCAGCACCAUGGCGUCGUCCUCGUCUACAAGGAGGUGGGCCAGCAAGCCUCCUACUCCUUCAGGGUCUACCUGGCCUCCAACAACGACUCCGACAUCAAGGACAUUCAGAACGCGGUGCGAAGGUCCAAUAAGAAGUAUGUGAAGCUGGAGAAGCCCCCCACCUGUCAGCGCCUCCUAGAGGAGAGGAGGAAGUAUCGCCUGACCAGCGACCCCGAAGGGGACAUCACACCUGCAGAUUUCCAGUUCACGCUGGACGUGGUGAAGAUGAAAGGCUACUUUGAAGUGUUCUUCGAGCUGCCGCCCCCCUUCAAGCUGUCUCUCAUAGAGGUGGACUCGGACCAGCCACUCUGGGCAGCAACUAUCAGGGAAGGUGACUGUGUGUACAAGUGUGAGGAGAAACAGAAGAGGAAAGCAGAGAGGCGGAAACGGAGCACCAGCACAUCAGAGGAGGAGGUGUCCAAUAAGAGGCCUCGCUGGGCAGACGAGUCAGACGGAGUGAGGUCAGUGAGGGCGACGACGCUGGACGUGACGGACCAGCAGCUGAUGAAACUGGCCAAGUGCAUGGGCAAGGAGUGGAGACAGGUGGCCAUCUCGUGGCUGGGCCUCAGCAUCCUUGAGCUGGACAAACUGCAGUCCGGCGAAGAUGACCCCAUCAUGCAAAGGUUCCGCAUGCUGGACAACUGGAGGAGGAGGAACAAGGGCAAGGCCGGCCUCGACCAGCUGCACGACUGCCUCAACAAGGACGACGUGCCCACUGAGGUCCGAGACUGCCUGGAAGACAUGCUGCAGGGUAACUGUAGCAGUUGAGUGUGCUGCUGGACUUUUGGACGAGAAGGUCCAUCUGCUGGACCACUGGACCAAACACAAGGGACCAAAACACACCUCCGCCUGACCUUUCCGUUGGGCACUGUGUGUGUGUGUGCGUGCGUGCGUGCGUGCGUGCGUGCGUGUGUGUGUGUGUGCGCGAGCGUGCAUUACUUAACCUACACCAGGCAAAAGAUGCUUCCUUAAACUGACCUUUUAUUGAGUUUUUCAAACCACCUAUUCUCUGAAAAGAUCUUUCAAAAGGUCCAGGCUCCCUACAGAGCUACUCAUUUCAGCCUCUGGGUUUUUACCAGGGACAGUGCUGUAGGUCAAACCAGCUCUGGGAGGAUUUGAGAAUCCAAACUUAUGUUGACAAAAUACUGCAGAGAUGUCAGUACGGUGCUGCAGUCAGUACUGCCUGUGGAAAGCCUUGCCUACUGCCGUGUUGCAGUCAGUACUGCCUGUGGAAAGCCUUGCCUACUGGCGUGCUGCAGUCAGUACUGCCUGUGGAAAGCCGUUCUGAACCAAAGGUUGCCUACUGCCGUGUUGCAGUCAGUACUGCCUGUGGAAAGCCUUGCCUACUGGCGUGCUGCAGUCAGUACUGCCUGUGGAAAGCCGUUCUGAACCAAAGGUUCUGCAGUCAGUACUGCCUGUGGAAAGCCAUUCUGAACCAAAGGUUCAACUUGAUUUUGUAUAUUUGGAAAUGUUUUCCAUUCAUGUUUUUGGUUGAUUUUUUAAUGGUUUCAUUUCAUUUUAUUUUUUUAUAACAACUUUUUAUAUGAAAUUGUACAUAUUUGUUUACUCAUGAUGUGAUUCCCUGGACCAAAUAUGUCCAUGUCAUUUGUUAGUUGUUUGUUUGUUAUCUUUUUCUAUCUGGUUUAUCUGGUGGUACCUGUUGAAACUUGAUGGAGGUUGUAUUUGGCUUAUUGUCUGUUAUAAUAAGCUCUGGUCAGUAGAAUGGGAUUGGAAUAGCACUUCCUGUACUGGACGAAGGAUGAAGUCUAAGUGUAGCUCUCCAGGGAGCCAGACUGGUCCCUGAGCGACUACUCGCAGUCUUGACCCCUGUGAAACGUGGCCCAUUUAAACACGCAGCCUCCGCAGUACGGACUUAACAGAUAAGAGGAUGGGAGGAAAAGAGAUAAGUAUGGCACAUUGAAAUGAAUCAGGGCCAUUAUUACAGUUAAGCUCUCAGGCACAGCAUGCACUCAAGCUUGAAGGGAGUCGGAGGAGGAGGCGGUGUGGCUGGACCCACCUACUGUAGCACGAGACUGAGUAGCCAGAGGACUAAGGGUUAAGGGUCAAAGGUUAAAGGUUAAAGGUUGGGGGGUGGGUUGGCGUGGGUCCAGGCUUUUUUAUUAUCUGGAAAUCAUUCUGUUUACUGUAUGCCCUUAAGCCUAUGAGUACAGAAGCCUGUUUAGUUUGACUGAAUGAAAGAAAUGAUCAUGAAGUUCCUGCUGUGGUAACCCAUUCCACGGAUGUUUUAGUCAGCCGUACUGACAAAUGUCUUCAGGAGCAACUGCAGGACAUCUCAGGCCAAGGUGCAGAUUAUGCUCUUGAUUUGUACAGUCGGAUCAUGUUAACAAUGGUGCAGACCUCAGCUCUCUGUGCUUUGAAGGUAUGCCGUAGUGCAUGUCUUUUUUGUGUACAAAUCCUUGCACUAGUCCUCAGUCGAAACAGUACUCAUGUUGACCGUAGCCUUUGAACUGAAUCCUUAAACUUGGGUCGUUGUGGAAUUUCACUAAUGUAGCAUAAGAUGUGGCUGAAUAAAAGUUUUUUUUUGACUUGUCAUAUAAAACAUUAAGCCUUAAUUACUGCUGAAAAAUACUUUAUUGUAAACAGUCAAUAAACGGGGUUUUAAAUGUUUCAAUAAAUUCAAUAAAUACAAUAAAUAACAUUAUAAA